AUGUGGGCACUGUUCACUUAUGCAUUUGUGUUCGUCUCCCUUCAGUACAUCGUCCAUGCGGUAGCCCCGCCACGAAGACGUCUGCAUCAACUCUCAGAGCACUCCAAGUCCGACUAUGACUGGAGCAGCAUCACCGCAUCGAAGGAUCUUCGAUGGCACAAAUGCUAUGAGGAAUAUCAAUGUGCUCGACUGACGGUCCCACUGGACUGGACAAACAGCAGCAACGAGAAUGAGGUGCAUCUUGCUCUCGUGAAGCUAUCCGCCAAAGUGGGCAAUUCAGAACCCUCAUUCGGCGGCUCAAUCAUCCUCAAUCCUGGAGGUCCGUCCGGUUCCGGCACCGAUGACAUCCGAUGGAAUGGGCAUGCCAUCCAAAACAUCGCCGAUGGAGACAAGCACUUCGAGAUCGUGAGCUUCGAUCCGAGAGCCGUCCACCGGACCACGCCAACUCCGGCGUGCUUUGAUAAUGACGAAGCUCGUGAUCGCUACAAUGAGCUGAAUGAACUCGCCGGCAGCCCUGGUGUUAGGUCAUCACUGGACAUCAAGUGGGCGCUUGCGCAAGGCUUCGGAUUGUUGUGUGAAAACGCUACGCAUGGCGUCUAUCCAAAUGGCGAUAACAUAAAGCAAUUCUCUAGCACGGCUCUCGUGGCUCGAGACAUGGUCCGGAUCAUUGAUGCGAUGGCCGAAGAGCGCAAUCAGGCCGCGUCUGUAGGAACGGAAUCUAUCCAGAAGAAUCUUGGAAGCUCGUCGCCGCCUCUCCUGAACUACUGGGGCUUUUCGUAUGGCACUUAUCUUGGCAACACCUUUGCAAGCAUGUUCCCAGAACGAAUCGGCCGCAUGAUACUCGAUGGCAAUGUCGACCCGGUGGACUACGCUGCAACCGGAUGGAGCACGAAUUUGAACGACAACAACCUUGUCUGGCGAACAUUCUUCGAGUGGUGCUUCGAUGCUGGCACAGCAUGUGCUUUACAUAGCCAGCAGUUCCAAUCCGCUCUGAACAUGCAUGCAAAGGUGAUCGAUCUGUACGAAAGCAUCCGACAAGACCCAGUCCCAUAUAUCGACCAAGAGGGCAGAAUCCACGUCCUCACCUACUUCAACCUUGAAUUUACCAUGCACCCCUAUGCCUACAACCCAUGGCACAGUUGGCCACGUCUAGCAACCAACAUCGCCUCUCUGCUCUCCGGCGAUCCGUUGCCUUUCCUCAACCUCACCCCUCCAGACCCAUCCGACCCGCCUCCAGAUACCGACAACGUCCAUCACAAGGAAGACUCCAGCCCAGACCCGCGCUUCCUCAACCGCACAGACCCCUACCCACCAUCCUACCCGCACGAGCUCGAAGCCGCUGUCUCCAUCCUCUGCGGCGACGGAGACCCUCUAACCUCCGAAACCAAAUCCGACUUCUCAUCCUACCUCGACCACCUCGUCAAUCAAUCCGCCCUCAUCGGCCCGACAUGGGCUCAAAUCACGCUUCCCUGCCGGCACUGGCCCUCGUCCCUUCGGCCUGCCGAGCGGAAUCGCUUCACUGGCCCUUUCGGCAGCAAGCUUGCUGACUAUGACAACGGUGCUCGUGCGAAUGGAUGGGCAAGGCCGCUGCUGUUCAUCGGGAAUACGGCUGAUCCGGUGACGCCGCUAAAGAAUGCGAGGAGCAACAGUGUGACGCAUGAGGGGAGCAGGGUCUUGACGCUGAACUCGCCAGGGCAUUGUAGUGGGCCGAAUCAGCCCAGUCGAUGUGUGUGGGAGGCGGAGAGGAGGUUCUACAAUGAUGGGGAGCUGCCGGAUCAGGGGAAGGUUUGCGAGGUUGAUUGGAAGCCUUGGGAUCGGAAGAUUGGAGGGUGA